AUGGACCCGACACGGGCCGAAGCUGACUCGUCACCGGCCGGCGAACAGGGCGUCGGCGGAAGCAACAGCGGCAGUAGCACCAGCCAUGCGAGUCCCGGCGGCAGUCCAGCAACAGUUGCAUCGUCUGCACACGACAGCAACGAGAAGGACGACAACGACAGGAGCGCAACAGAGCCAUCUCCACAAGCACAGUCUCAACCGCCUCCGCCGCCGGCGCUGGCGCCGGCGCCGACACCGGCUCCGGUGAAGCAGGAACCCCCGACACGUAAGACCCCCGAGGCCACCGUCGAGAUGCUCGAGCGGCUCUCGAUCACAGGCGCGAACGCGCUGAACGACCGCGACCACGACUUCACCGGCUCGGCGGCCACGCGCGAGUUGCGGUCGCGGAUGGCGGCGAGCUGGCGCGGGCAGAUCGACACGUACGCGCACGCGAGGGAGGUGACCUUCGCGGAGCAGUCGGCGAUGUGGGCGCAGCGGCGGGCGCAGUACCCGGACGUGCACUUCGAGGUGGUGGCCAUCUCGACGGAGGUCGACGAGCGCAGGGGCGAGGCCCUGGUGUUCAUGGACAUGGAGGUGUCCGGGCUGGCGACGUUCAACCUCCAGGCGAUGAGCGAGCUCACGUGGAAGAAGGUCCGCGGCCAGUGGAUGCUGGCCCAUACGCUUUCACUGAGAGGCACGCGGGGGAAUAGUGGGGGGUUUGGGUGA